AUGCCUAUGAAACUGCCGAAGAGCUUUACCAGGCGAAAAUCGUCCGGCAACGUUCUAGAAGACGAGACCCCUCACCAAUCCUCCUUUCGAGUCUUCGAGCGCCCGGGGCCUCAUCGAUCUAUGACGGAUGGAGCGGCGUUGACCAAGCCGCUGAGCGAGGGCAAUGCGGUGCCAUCGAUGGAAGACUCCGAUAACAUUUUUGCCGAAAGGGAGCGACCCCUGGGUAAGAGUCGGUAUGAUCGCCCUUCGACCAUGGAUUCCCUCAGGAGACGUCUGACUGGGAAUCGCGAUAGUAGCUACUACGAAAGUUCUACGUCAACCCGGCUGAGCUCGUCAUCCACCCUCCCAUCAUCGACCGAGGUUCCGCCGCCCGACGAGACUCAAUCCCCGCACUCCCGAAUCCAUGAUGUUCCAGCUCCACACCUCUCCAGUGCACUGCGCGCCGCAGGACGAACUUUCUCAUUCGGUGGUCGAUUCAGCAAGCCAGCACCACAGGUUCCCCGGCAACAAACACCCGAUGCCCCAAAGAAUCGCCCGGUGACGGGCAGCACCGACAGCACGGCCACUCCGCCCAAGCUGCCCGAUACGGACUUUGCCCUCGGCUCGCAGGACGAUUUCAAUAAGAUGUUCGAUAAUAUGGGUACCCGAGAGGCUUCAGCAAUGCGGGGUUCGUCGCCCAAACCGACGAAGGUAAGAUCUGCACUCGCUCCUUCAGGCAAGAAUGCAGUACUGAUAGUAUCGCAGUAUUCCUCGUCUCCCCCGACGCAUGUUCUACCCGAGUUCCAAAGUAGCAGAGCUGCUCCACCCGCUGCCAUUGAUACAGAUCGAUCGACCGCCAUCGAGUCACCCCCUUACUCCUGGGAUCGUCGCCCGUCCGAAGAGGGCUUGCUUCGUGGCCCGAAUUCUCCACCGCUGAACCAGAGCCGCUCUACCCUCGAUACCGUUGUUGGUUUCCGGAAGCCUUCGCCAUCUCCCAAUGAGUUUACCGCGGCUACUACGUCGCAUCGAUCUUUGGAGCGCCCGCAGGGAACGGAGAGAGCAGGACUGCGGAGGAGUGGGGUAUAUUCGCCCAAGGGGGAAUCUCCACCCUUUGACGAUGAAGAUGCCAAAAUGGUUCGUCAAUCCGUCUUGUGGAGCAAGGAAAGCACUUCGCCAUGGGCCGAGAGCCCAUCCGGGGAAACCCCAUUGAUCGAUAAAGGCAAAGCACCUGAUUACUCUGGCCGAGUAAACUCAGAACAUGAUAAUAUGUUCCAAUAUCGCCGUUCGCCCGCUCCGGCUGACAGAUUGGACCCUUCCAUCGCGGAUCACGCCCGGUUGGCUGUGCAGUAUGCAGACAGUCUUCCCAAGUCGACAUCUCCGGGUAACAAAGUGAUGACUCCAUCCCAGUUCGAGCACUAUCGGCAGCAGCAAGAACUUCGACGUUCCAAUAGCAAUGCAACUAAGAGUGACCAAGAUUCUGAUAAUGAGGAGUUUGACGACGAAGAGGAUGAAGUGGAGAAACAACGUGAGACGGAACGCCAACGACGAAAGCAGGAGGCUCAUCUCUCUGUGUAUCGUCAGCAGAUGAUGAAAAUCACAGGCCAGCAAGCACCCGUGCAAUCGCUACGUCCGGUCAUGAGUGGAGGUAGCAGCAGCACGCUCAAUUUGCACCCCAGUCGCCUGUCUGUGCUCGGCGAGAAGUCUACCAGUGGGAAGAGCAGCGAGGAAGAGGAUGACGAUGUGCCGCUCGGUAUUCUCGCCGCCCAUGGUUUCCCCGGUCAGAACCGCCCGCCAACCCGUCUGAACAACGUUAGCUCCAAUCCCAACCUCCGUGCAUCUAUGCAACCGUCGUAUAUAUCAUCUUCCAACUCUGUUUCGGGUGACCCCAACGGCAGCCGGGUCAGUCUGCCACCUUUCGCGAGGAACUUGCCGCGAGACCCCUAUUUCGGUGCAGGCCUGGUCAACAACCCCAACCGUGAAUCGUUAGCUUUUGGAGGUGGCUCGGUAUAUGGAGGAUCUUCGUCCCCCGCAGCUCCUCCUGGAGGUCUUGUCGGUGUUAUAGCAAAUGAGGAGCGGGCGCGGGCGAUGCGCAGAGGAAGCCCGAACACACAAGCAAUGCACGAGAUGGGAGGAGUACCUCGGCCAUACUCGCAGCAACAGCAAAACUUCAACCCCGGGGAACAAGCUUCUAUCCAGCUAUCGCAGCAGAUGACCAGCAUGAUGCAAAUGCAAAUGCAGUGGAUGCAGCAAAUGAUGCAAAUGCAAGGUGCACAGGGUCAACCUAUGAUGCAAGGUAUGCCAAUGCCUCCUAUGAUGAUGCCUGGUGGAGCAAUGGCCAUGCCACCCAUGGGCCCCCCUUCUAUAGCAGGACCCCAUUCCAUUGGUGGUAACCCGAACCUGCGGCCGACGUCUAUGCCUGCAACAUCCGUUCUCAAUAUGCCGCCCUCACUUCCACCCCACGUUGAUCAGCGCACAAUGAGCAUGUUGGACCCCAACAUUUCAACUCGUAGGACUGGCUCGCCCAUGCCCAAUCUGUCCGGCAGCCCAUUCCGCCCCAACACCGGAUAUGCUGCCUCAAUCGCUCCGUCGGAGCGCAGCACCGCAGGCAUGGCGCCUCGUUACCGGCCAGUAUCAGUUAUGCAGCCCGAAUCGAACUAUGCAGUGGCAUCCUCAAACAAACCAUUUGGGGAUGAAAACCGCAACCCGUCCAUGCCAAUGCCUCAAUCUCACAUUCCGAAAUCGCACCUCGCCACUGUAACCGUCCGCCCCGUUUCCCGGAGUGCUGGUCUUGGAAAUGGGAAGCCUGGUUCCGACGACGACGACGAGGAAGAGGCCUGGGCUGACAUGGUGAAGAAGCGCGAGAAGAAGAAGAGCAGCUGGAAGAUGAAGCGAUCGAACUCGUCGUUCGGAGAUCUGCUGAGCGCCGUUCACUAA